AUGACCCAAACAAAUUCAAAAGUCCGCGAAAUGAAUCCAUUUCGUAGCAGUAGAAAAGGGAGUGAAAAGAGGGAGAAGAAUAGACGAAUUAUGACGACAGGUCAUUUAGAUGCCCAGCUUAUACAUCUCGGCUCAAAGAAGCCGGCCGGCCAGCCGGCAGCUUCCGUGUUCGCGCCGAGGGGAACGUCAUGUAAAGAGGAGAUGGAUGUCACUCAUUCAUCCACACAUGUGGAUGUCCGGCCCCUCAUCCGACGGCCCAUGAAAGGUGCCGACAAGGGCGACAGAAGACGGCGGCUGGCUUUUAUCUCGGUGCGACAGACACCAGAUGCCCUCCUGGAUUCCUACUGUCUGAGGAAGACCCUUUUUGUGAUCAUCUGCGCUCUGGCAACAGCUUAUGCUUCCAAAGAAUGGGAGGACUUCAAGACGAAGUAUGGAAAAACCUAUGCCAACCCCGUCGAUGAGCAAUACAGAGAGUCUGUAUUCCAAGACAAGCUGGAGUACAUUGAAGAGACUAACAAGCUGUAUGAAAAGGGCCUGUUAACAUAUUACCUGAAAAUCAACAAAUACAGCGACUUGACUCACAAGGAACUGAUGGACCAAAUGACCGGAGGACUGUACAUGAGAACUGCACCUCCUAAGGAUACUCCGAGUGAGGUGUCCGUCGAAGGACUGGCAGAGGAAGUCGACUGGAGGGCGAAAGGAGCCGUGAGUCCUGUGAAGGAUCAAGGGGAGUGUGGAUCCUGCUACGCUUUCUCGGCUGUGUCAUCCUUGGAAAGCAUGCUGUUCAUUAAGACUGGUCAACUCGUAGACCUCUCCGAGCAGAAUCUGGUCGACUGCGCCUCUGACUACUCGUGUUUCGGAUGUAGAGGUGGGUUCCCUUAUGGUGCCUACAUCUUCCUCAUGGAUCAAGGGGGCAUCGCCACAGAGGAGUCAUACCCUUACGCGGGCGCUGAACAGGACUGCAUGUUCGACGCAGCAAGCGUUGGUGCCGUUGUCAAAUCGUAUGUUGAGCCCACAUCUGAAUCUAAACUUCAGCAGGCAGUGCACGACGAUGGUCCAGUCAGUGUCUACAUAGACGCUAAUCACCCAACAUUUGGCAGCUACGGAGGAGGUGUUUAUAUUGAACCCAACUGCGACUCGUUAAACGCAAAUCUGGCCGUGAGCGUCGUAGGAUACGGCGUUGAGAAUGGCUUGGAAUACUGGCUCGUCAGGAAUGCUUGGGGGGAAUCCUGGGGAGAAGAAGGCUACAUCAAGAUGGCGAAGAAUGCUGGCAAUAUGUGCGCCAUUUCGACCCACGCUAUCUAUCCUGUUGUUUAAAAGAAUUUUGCAUUUGAUGGCUUCACAAUUUUCAGAAGAAACGAAAAAAGAAAAUCAUACAAUUUAAAAUCCUCGUACAUUUGGUGAUUCCAUAAUUCGUAGGGGGAAAGUCAUGUUGUUUAAAAGCCUCGUGUAUUUGGUAUUUUCCUAAAUUUUUAAGGAAGAAAAUCCUGCUGUU